CAAUGUAUUUGUGGGUACCAUACCGUUUAGUGUGCCAUUUGAACGGAAUGGCGCUCAUGAAUCACGUCUGUUUGACGACUCGAUGGACAAUUCGAGUGAACCCUGUCAAGCAGAUGCCACAAUGAACGAUGCCCUGUCGCGGACAAACGCCUGGGUCAACCGGGCAGGUGUGGUCUUGGACCCUUCCCCCUCGUUUGGCGGUCAAGCACAGCCAGGGUCGUCCUUACAAGAAGACCACGCAGGCAGAGCGGAUGGAAGGGAGUUUGCCAUCUCCUCAGAGCUUGCCACGGCAAUUAUGCAAAUAGAUGCCGGUGCGGAUCAAGCCGAGCACCAGCAGGCAAAAGAACAGGCUCGCCUGGUGCAGCGGUUCCAUCAACUCAAGCAAUGGCAACACCAGCAGCAGGAACGGCUGAUGCGCCAGCAGCAGGAACAACUGCAGAUGCUGCGGCUGGAACAGCAGAGGGUGGAGCAGACGCUGGUGGCACAGCGGCAAAAGCAGUGGGGAGGUAUUCAACAAAUCCAGCAGUCACCACCUAGGAACCGCACCGGUCCCCAUCAGCAGCGGAGCCCUGCUGCUAGCAGACUCGGAUCGACCCUCCCCAAUGCCUUAGCUCAAGCCUCCGUGUCACUGAGCCAGAGUGCUGGCCCGCUGGCCCUGAAUCCGCUUCUGAGGAAUGUUGAGAAAGAGGCCCAGGACCAGGCAUUUUUGAGGAAAGACAUGGAUUUGGCUAGUGACUCUGCCAGCUCCGUUGCUGAGGAAGGGGUGUACCCACUGCCGGAGACGGCAUCAGAGAUGAGCUACGGUGUGAUUGAGGAGGAUGAGGAAGCCACGCCUGGCGACGGUCAAGAUGAGAUGGAGAGACGGGAGGAGGAAGAUGGGGUAGGGACGGACAACUCCCUGGAUGAGAGCUUGCAAGAUGCUGCUGUUCUCAAUCAGAAGAUGAAUGGAUCUAUCCUUCCGCACACUGCCCAGCUAUCAGGAGAUGACAGGCCGAUAGAGUCAGCUCUGGGCUCCAAGGCCAAGACGUUUGAGGAACUCCUAGAACUACAGCUGAAAAACGAUGCAGAAAAGUACCAAUCAGCUGAGAAUCCCCCACAGAAUACUUCAAAGGACAGCCCCAGACGCUCGUUCCUCCGCAAAGGGACUGGCACGGCCCGCUUCGGUGUCAUCUCCAAGAAACCUCCAAAGCCUCUUUCCCCAAGAAUCACCCAGAAGCCCCCCGCUGGUGGGGAACACAGGCCCAAACCAGGCAAAAUGCCCCCGGUAAUGUCCACUGAUGGUAUGAAGAAAAACAGCAUUGCGGGGGCAGGUCACAAGCCCAGCCCCGCUGCCAUGAACAAGCUGUCAUUAGUCAAAACAGAGAAUAAAAACACGAAAAAGGAGGAUGACAGAAGGAAACCUGAGAAGGGACAUAGAGGGAAGAAAGAGGAAGUUCCACAGAUGUCCCGUAAGGUGGCGUCCAAACCACCAGCAGCCACCAAACUCAGCCAAGAACCCCUUUCAAAGCAAAUUCUUCCCAUCAGCCAGCCACAGCAGUCGGUACCCAGCCUGGGCCUCCCUGUCCCACAGAAAGUGACAGCGGCCAUGGCCCCAAUAGUAGUAGUAGACCCAGUGGUCAUGUCUCAUGAUGACGAGUCUCGUGGCCAACAGUCAACUACAGAGGGCGCCCUUCCAGACGACACCAUUGAGAUGUCCUUUCAGAUGCGGAUGAAGGAGUGGGAAAUGAACGAGAAGGUUGAGCAGGAGGAGUUGGAUGAGUUUGAAAUCCUUGAGGAGGCAGCUGAUGACAAUGCAUCCUUCGCCAGCGAUGCCUCCGUAGUGGUCAACAUGAUGCAGCGGGCUAACGAACGUAAUCAGAGAACUGAUGGAUUAUCCACAAACACCUUACAAGUGCCGUCAAAAUAUGCACUAAUUCAAAAACAUGGACAACAGAAAUCCAAAAGUGCAGUCAGAACAGGGUCAUUGCAUCCUCAGACACAGGAUCAAUCACCUGAUCCAGCACACAGUGGACAUCAGAGUGAUGGCAGUGAAGAUGAAAGUUUUGUUGGGGAUCAAACAUUGACUGGAGACAAUGAAAAUAUUUCAAGCCCAGAGUCCAGUUUUCGGGGAGGCUCGAGAGAGCGAGGAGUAAACCGGCAGGAGGCUGGGAGCCCAACGGAGGAAGACUCUGAUGAGGCAUCCCAGGAAAAUGAUGUCUCACUAGCAUCUCAAAGAAGAGAAGCCCUCUUAGAUCACGGAAGGAAACCUCUUAAAGACUCUACUCUGAAAACGGAGGAGGGAUACCCCAUCAGAGAGAAGAUACCUAACCCUCCUAAUGCCAGAAUCAACAGGAGAAACUCUGAAGAAUAUGAGGAUGAUCAAAUGAGAGAUUCUGAAAACAAGACUGCUGAGGAUGAGGAGGAGAUAGGAGUUGUUUCGGAAGAAGAUGUGGAGAAGCCGAGCCGAGCCAUGAAGAGGAAAGCUGCAACCUCCUCUCACGCAGUGGACGUGGACUUUGACGAUGAUGAGAGCUGGGGUGAUUUUGGAGAUGCAGAGUCGGAGAGUUUUGACGAUAAUGAAGAUGAGGAAGAGGAGGUGGAGGGUGAUGAUGAAAGUGUCAUCCUAGCGGGAGCGCCUUCUGCAACAUCAACCCCUCCGCCAUUCAAGAAAGGCCACAAGUCUGUUCUUGACCGAAGAAAAGAAACAAGAGAAAUAAACCAACCGGAUGCAACGGCCUCUCCUCCAACAUCGUCACUGGUGUCCAAACUCUUCCCAAAGCUUAAGCCCACUCAGAAAACCAGCCAGCCCAGCCAAGAGAAGGUGAAAGCAACUCAGCUGCCUGCCAAAGCUCCUGAAACUACAACGGCCGAGGGGCUUCAGUCCAAACUUCUCAAAGAGAAACUUGUGGAGUUGGAGGCUGAAAUCUCAAAGUUCCGACGCGAGAACGCUGCCUUGGCCAAGCUCAGGGAGGAAAGAGAAAAGGGGCUUGCAGCUUUGGAUAAAGAAGUGGUUGAUUUUCAAAAGUUGAAAGCAGAGGAACUGAAAAGUCUACAAGAUUACAAGGAAGAAGAAAUGAAAAAGCUCAGGAAAGAGAAACGGACCUUUGAGAAGUACCAGAAAGCGACGAGGGCAAUGCCGGACAAGAAAGACAGGGACGAAAUUGAGCUUCUGAGGAAACAGUUGUCAGACCUGCAGGAGGAGAUGAGUCGCCGGGAGACACGAUGGACGGCAGCCUCCACGCGCCUGAGAGAUCGUACUGACGUUCUGGAGCAGGAGAAUGCAGAGCUGAGGGAAGAGGUCAGGCUGUUGGAACAGCAGCGUCUACAGGCCUGGAAGAGGGAGGAAGAAAAGGCGAAAUCAAAUCUUCCCAAACCCAAGCAGCAAGUUCCCAUCAUCAAUAAGCAAAAACUCCCUCCCCUGUCUCUCAUCACGGACCAGGAGCCACAGCCAAACCCCAAACACACCACGGAUGAAAAGAGGGAUGUCGUCCGAGAAAAGCCUAAGAUUAUACCAGCGACGACACGCCCACAGAUUUCUAACUCCAAACCUGAAAAUGCUGCUGUUGAAUCAAGAACUUUGGAAUCCAGUGAGGACGACACGCCACUUAUUUCACAGCCUCGUAAACCAUCCCAGAAAAAACGCUCCGUCAGGUUUGACGUCGACAGCAGCCCUCGAAAGCACCCUAGCACAGCAGCAGCAGCGGCAGCAGCGGCAGCAGCAACAGCAAUAACAACAGCAGCAGAUGAAUCGUUGGAUCUCUUCAGCCCAAGUAGGGAGGAAGGCGGCUAUGAAUAUGCAUCACCCAAGGACGGGACUCUGGGCUCCGGAGGGAGGGAGAUCAGAGAACAGAACAGGUCCAUGAAUAAUAACAAUGAUGAUAAUGAGGAGGAGAUACAUCACCCAGAUGGAAAGCUUGAAGAAAUUCGAGCUGAUGGCAGCCGGGUGAUCACUUACAACAACCAAACCCGUAAGGAGAUCAGUGCUGACGGCCAGUCAGUCAUUGUCACGUUCUUCAACGGCGACAUCAAACAGAUUAUGCCGGACCAAAGAGUGAUGUACUACUAUGCAGAGACACAGACGACACACACAACCUACCCUGAUGGUCUAGAAAUCAUACAAUUCAGCAACAAUCAAACUGAGAAACACUAUCCUAAUGGCACCAAGGAGAUCACGUUCCCUGACCAGACCAUCAAAUACCUGUUUCCCAACGGUAACGAAGAAAGUAUCUUCCCUGACGGAACGGUGCUCCGAGCUGAGAAGAAUGGCAACAGAACCAUGGAGUUCCCUAAUGGCCAGAGGGAGGUCCAUACUACCCAGUACAAGAGGAGAGAGUACCCCGAUGGGACAGUGAAGACAGUGUUUCCAGAUGGUCGACAGGAGACAAGGUAUUCCACAGGGAGGAUAAGGGUCAAAGACAAGGAAGGGAGGAUUAUCUUAGACAAGAAAUGAACAAGGGGAGAGACAUCGUGUGGGGAAGUUGAUCGGUUGUCCAUUCGAAAGCAGGGUUUUAUGGAGCAGACUUAAAAGAUGCAGGGCUUUUAAGAUAUGGACUUAACACUAAGUCCAGCUUCACUUGGGCUGCUUUAAAACUGAG